UGUCGUGGCACAUGUGUUGUACAAUAACGAUCGCAUAUCACAGCAUCGUGAAAUGUUUGUAGCCCUCUCAGUGAUGUAGUUACAGAUGUAUUAUUGCCAGCAGGUUAGACUGUAGGGUUAUCAACACCACACUACGAGUGUCACAUUGUGCUUGUCUGGAUACUGAGUAUGGAAAAAUGCAAAUCCUGCAAAAGAACAGAAGAGAAGUACAAAGAGAAACAUUUUAAUGAAAGCAUCCUUUUAGAACAUGUGAGCAGAGCCACUGUAACGGGCAAGAAAACACAACAAAAGGAGGACACUUUACAUCAGCUGGCAAAGGCAGCAAACGCCUUGCUGAAUUCAGAUGGUGGGGUUCUCCUGAUACACGUUGACGGGCAGCAGAAAUGGGACAGGGACCUGGAAUUACUUGAUGAAGCUAUCGGGAAACGAUUUUCUACUCUGCUUCCGGAGGGUUGCCAAUACUGUGACUAUUUUUUCCCGGAAAUUGUUAUCGAAUAUCUCGUCUUUUGAAAAUAUACAUGACUUUCUGUUAUUCAAAAUUGAACAAAUUCGUGGCGUAUCGACUUUAGACAGCAAAACAAAGAUGCGAAAUGACUUUGAAAAUGUAAACGCUCCAUGUUCCGUCAUUGCUACGAUAUUGAAGCGUGGUGGAGAUAAUGAAACGCAAAUCCCUGCAAACAUGAUUCGACACACUAGUGUUGACGAUAUACCAUUGCAUGAAGACAGAGAGUCAGAGUUGAAAUGGCUGCCACAACAGGCACAAGGUGAAGCAGCAGUUGAAAAUGUAACUGACUGUAUUUGGCACGAUCUGAAACUGAAUCAUAACAUCACUUCUAUGUCAAAGCUUCAGGGAGGUGGACGAUUCUACAUAGGCAUCUCCGAGAAACCAUUUAAUGAUCAGGGUUAUAAAACAAAGAAGCGUUAUAUUAAUUCAUUUAAUCUCUGCUUUGACAUAAAGAAACUGAUACAAAGUCUAAACAAUAAAUUGAAAACAGACCUGGUCGUUUUAACUCUGAAAGGGUCAUUUCUGGAAGCACCUUCUGGUUUGAUAGCAGCAUAUGCUAUUCCAGAACAGGGUACAGACAAAUGUGUACUGUGUGUUAACAUAAACCAUUUCAAAGGUAUUGUGUUCUAUGAUAAAGCAGGACCAGAGGUUUACACAUUCCAAAAAGGGACAGUGUGUCGAGUGUCCAAAGACGAAUGGUUACAAAGACUGCUGUCGUUUUAUCAUCAACCAAUAUGGCCGCAUGAAUUGACGCACCGACCACAAGCUGUUGACACAUUUGGCAACAUGGAUUCGUACAGAACUUCAAGUUCAAAUAACAGCAUAUGUGAUCGCCCUACAACUUUCACAGAUGAAGGGCAGGGAAGUUCCGCUGAGACUAUCAAGAUGGUACUCCUGGGAUCAACAGGAUCCGGUAAAAGUGUGACUGGAAACAACAUCCUCAAUAGACAGAUUUUCCACACAGGUGUUUCAGGUCGAUCACAAACUGAUCAAUGUCAGAGAGGUGAAACCAAUAGAAAUGGGCGGCAGAUUCAAGUUAUUGACACACCUGGUAUGUUUGAUACAAAUAUGAAAAUUGAAGAAAUUGCUAGAGAAGUUGCCCGCUGUGUUUGGAUGACUGUUCCAGGUAUUCAUGCUUUUGUCCUUGUCAUCAAGAUCGACCGCUUUACCGACAAAGAGCAAUCCACGGUGGACCUCUUUUCACAAAUAUUUUGAGACGACAUGAUGAAGUAUCUGAUAAUCCUGUUUACAAGGAAGGAUGACUUGAUUCAUAACAACGUCACUGUUGACGAAUUUAUUGCAGAAGCACCAGAUAGGCUGAAGACUUUACUCCUAGCAUGUCAACAUAGAUUUGUGGCAUUCAACAAUAGGGCACCAGAGGAAGAUCGAGAUCAAGAUGUCCAAUCAUUACUCAAUGCAGUUGAUAAAAUGGUAGUUGCAAAUCGAGGAAGGUGCUACAGCAACUGGAUCUAUGUUUCCGCUAGUAGGAUUAUAGAGGACAGAAAGGAACAGCUAAGACUUGAGCACAGGAUAGAUGUCCAGAACAAGAAAGAUUACGUCAAGCGAAAGCGGAAGAUGAAGCAUGAAAAGGCUAAAGCUGAAACAUCUAAACAUGAAAUUCUAGCCCAACUUCAACAGAGGCUGCAGGA